ACUUUUUUUAAAUUUUAAAAUCUCAUUCGGUCCCUCCCAUCUCUAACUUUCUAACCCUAAUUCCUCAAACUUCAUCUCUCCCACACUCCAGCCGCCACGCGCAGGACUCCAGUUUUCCUCUGCGGCCUGCGUGUCCGACUCUAUCAAAACCUUCACGCUUCAAUCGGUUCCAGCUCUCGCCACCAGAGUCACCACCUUCACGCGAUCAUAGGCUUUCUUUUUAUUAUCGCAUUGCUCGACUACAGAGAGCUAAUAUCUGCAGCGCCGCCGCCGCCUCCGCUCCCGUCGCCAUGGAUGUCGAAGCCGCAGCCGCUCCGCCGCAGAAGCCUACGGUUCUAUUCGCACAGAAACCGAACUUCCGGCCUCUGAAGGCGCACGAAAUCUCCGACGGUCAGAUCCAGUUCCGCAAAAUCUCGGUGCCGCCGCACCGCUACACGCCUCUUAAAAAAGCGUGGCUCGAGAUCUACACCCCGAUCUACGAGGAGAUGAGAAUCGACAUCCGGAUGAACCUCAAGGCGCGCAGGGUCGAGCUCAAGACCCGCCCCGACACCCCCGACGCGAGCAGCCUGCAGAAGUGCGCCGACUUCGUGCACGCGUUCAUGCUCGGCUUCGACGUCGUCGACGCCGUGGCGAUGCUCCGGAUGGACGAGCUCUACGUCGGGUCGUUCGAGAUCAAGGACGUCAAGACGCUGAAAGGGGAGCACCUGUCGCGCGCGAUCGGGCGGCUGAGCGGGAAAGGCGGGAAGACGAAAUUCGCGAUCGAGAACUCGACGAGGACGCGGAUCGUGAUCGCGGAUUCGAAGAUUCAUAUGCUCGGCUCGUUUGCGAACAUCAAGGUCGCGAGGGAUUCGCUUUGCAGCCUCAUUUUGGGAUCCCCUGCUGCGAAAGUGUAUUCGAAGCUCAGAGCAGUCACAGCUCGCCUCGCUGAAAGGUUUUAAUUUUUACUAUUUUUUUUUUCUUUAACUUUGAUUGCGUUUUUGAUACUAUUAUUGUUUGUUGUGAGAUAGUAGCUCUUGAUUUUUGGGGCAAUUUUUGAUAGUUUCUUGUUGAUUAUAGUGGAAAUGAGGUGAAAUGUCUUUU